AUGGAUCAACCACAAGAAUCAGUAUUUAUUAGAGUAAAUGGUGAAAUUUUAGAAUCUCUCAUUAAUCAAACUUCAGCAAAUAAAAUAUCAAAGGGAAUGAUUUUAGCUAAGUUUUUAGAUAUUGACCAAGAUAAAGGCACAGCAACAAUUGAAUCAACAGAUUCAAAGCAUCUUAAAUUCUCUGUUCCAAAAGAUAAAUUUAAUUCAAUUAAUAAAAAUAACUAUUACCAAAUUUGUUUUACUUUUGAAUAUACCACAACAAUUGGUGUACAAGGUGUAGUUUUAUCAUUAUUUGAUUUUGGUCCAGUUGAUUCUUUUGAUACUUACUCCUAUUCCCUCACAUAUUUCAAUUAUUGGAACAUUAUCAAAGAUAGAUACCCACAACUUAAAACUGAAUCUGAUCAAAUGGACCAACAAUAUUAA